AGAACUUUAAGGUUAGAUGGCGGAACGCUCGACAAAACAAUCGAAACUAACAUCAAACUACUUGGGCAAAAAUUAAACAGUUUUACGCGUGCUUUCCGAGUGGUUGGUUGAGUUACGGAUUUUAGUGUUAGCCCGUUUGUUUCAAAAUGGCGUUCAAUGGAGAUGGACCUCAUAGCAAAAGACAGAGGACUGAUACCGACUCCGCUAAUAAUAGAGGCUUUAAUGCUUCAACAGAAGAACCAAGAAGGAAAAGACCAGAGGAGUCUAAACCAAAUCAUGUUCUUCUAUUUACUAUUAUAAAUCCCAUGUAUCCUAUUACAGUGGAUGUGUUACAUACAAUAUGUCAGUCCAGUGGUCAAGUACUUAGAAUAGUGAUAUUCAAGAAGAAUGGUGUGCAAGCGAUGGUUGAAUUUGACAGCGUGGAAUCAGCAGUUAGAGCUAAGGACACAUUAAAUGGAGCAGACAUAUAUUCGGGCUGCUGCACACUUAAGAUCGACUUCGCAAAGCCUGAAAAACUAAAUGUCCACAAAAAUGACUCGGAAAGUUGGGACUAUACGGUUUCAUUAUUAAAGGAAAACACAAAUGGGAGGCCGCAGCCUUUAUUACAAGAACCACAUUUUGGCUCAAGGCCACAACCAUAUAAUCCAUAUCCAUCGGAUCCACACCGUUACGAGGACAUUUGUAACGCGGGCACGGGUCCUGGAGCGUUCCCCCACGAAGCUCCGCCCUUCGGCCCGGGGGCAGUGGCGGCGGCGGCGGCCGCGGACGUCUUCAGAAAAGGCGGCGCGCCGCCCCCCUCUGCCGCCCCCGAUUUCAGGGCGGCCACCGAGGCAAGGGCCUUGCCGUUCCAGCAACCCGGCGCCGUUCUGAUGGUCUACGGUCUCGACGCGUUGCGCACCAACGCGGACAAGCUGUUCAAUUUAAUGUGUUUGUAUGGGAAUGUAGCGAGGAUAAAAUUCUUAAAAUCAAAGGAAGGUACGGCAAUGGUACAAAUGGGAGACAGUGUUGCCGUGGAACGUUGUGUUCAAAACUUGAACAACGUAACAGUUGGACUCACCGGUGCAGCGCCACUACUUAACCGUCAAAAUGGAUCUAACCAGGACCAGAUGGACGAUAGUGAUGGCAAGGUACGAAAAUACCAUGCGAUAAAUAAAAACGGCGUCGAAGAUGGCUGGGAAGAACAAUCGAUGAUAAGGGAGCACAAAUUGCAGUUGGCAUUUAGUAAACAGCCAUAUCUCAGUGAAGUUACUAAUCCAUAUCCAUUACCUGAUAAAUCGCCAUCGUAUAAGGAGUACCUGAACAAUAAAAAUAAUCGUUUUAUGAAUCCUGCAAUGGCAAGCAAAAACAGGAUUCAGCCACCAAGCAAGAUACUCCAUUUUUUUAACACGCCCCCUCAAGUGACAGAGGCAGAACUGAUUCAAGUGUUCAAAGACUAUGACGUAGUUCCUCCAAAAGCCGUCAAACUGUUCCCGAUGAAGUCAGAAAGAAGUAGCUCGGGGCUUCUAGAAUUCGACACAACUACAGAAGCAGUUGCAGCGGUCAUGGCUUGCAAUCAUGCUGCUAUUGAAAGUCCCGGAACCAAGUUUCCAUUUAUAAUGAAAUUGUGCUUCUCGUCGUCCAGGAGCAUGACUAUCAAAAACGGUGACAAUGCCAAUGGAUCAAGUGUCAAAGAUGAAGGAAAGGGCCUAAACUGAAAGUCUAAAAAUGUUGACAAAUAUGGGCUAUUCGAGUUUGCCCAUUCAGGACUUUUAUUUCCUGACGCUGAAUUUACUUGUUAUUAAUUUUAAUGUCUGAUAUUUCCAUAUUUACUAUUAUUAUUUUCAUUGUGGUUAUUUAUUGUUUUGUAAAGGAUGUACCCAAAGCAAAAAAGAAUAAUUUAAAUUUAAUUUUUAGAGUUUACUUCGAAACGUGUAUUUUGUCCGUGUUAUCUUUGGGUCGUUCUGAAUGUUAUGUUUGUUAUGGGUGAAAAAAGUUAUUAUGAGUUAGAUGAAGUACUUACUAAUAGUGUCAAAAGUUUGUUAUUUUUAAUAAUAAUGAAUCAUUACCCUCUAAUAUUUUUUGAAUACCAAAAAAUAUAGACCAAACGGUUUGAUACAGUGGACCAAAGAAAUAAAAUUGAAUUUCAUUUUAUAGAUUGGCAUGUAAAAUAAUUUCCUAAAAAAAUUUUAGAGGGUGUUUCAACGCAACGUGCUAAAAUUCAAUAGAAUAUUUGACUGCAAUAUUUUUUAAAUGGCUUAUACUAUAUUCAACAUUUUUCUUCUCCUCUAAAAAGGUUUUUAAAAGCUUUUCUGAUUAUAAUACAGUUAAAAGAAGUUUUAUCAUAUCUAAAACAUACUCUAAAAAUCUUUUUAGAUCAAUGAUCAGAUAAAAAAAACGACUUUUUAGGAGACUAGUUUUAAAUUCUAGUGAUUUUAUAUCAAAAUGAAAGUUACAUUUAGCUACAUAUCGUAAUUUUUAAACAUUUUAUCUAAUUAUUAACGCAAAAUUAAUUAAUUGCAACGAUGUAAUUUUAGUGUUAUAAUAGCCUACUUUAGAAGUAGCUCUGUUAGAAAUGUUUUUUUUUGAGCAACAGAUAGGUUUAAUAAAAUUAAUAUAUUUUGCAUAUAAAAUAUGUGUAUUUCAAAAGCUAUAACUAAAUCUGAUAAUAUUACAGUAUAUUAAAUUUCAUUCCUGACAUACAGUAUUACACAAAAUUACUACGUAAUAACGUGAUUUUUUUAAAAAUAACUUUAUUCAAAGAAAAAAGACAAACCGAUUAAUUAGCAUUAAUAAUACAUUAAUUUACAAUACAUAUAUGACCAUAAAAAUUCAAAUAAGUACAGAAAAUAAAAAAAUAUACUCAAAUAUUUUGUUAUGGGGUUUUCUCAUUGUUUUUUACAAGUUCUAAGGUUAUCUAUAGAUACCGCAUUGGCAAGUCUUGAUCUUGGGUCAGUAUUUACAUGUGUGUAAGUCAAUCGCUUGGGGAUCUUAUUAAGUCGGCGGGAGAAAAUACGUCGGUGUGCUGUUGCGACGUUGCUACAUUUAUCAGAGAUACAGGAGCGCCUUUGUCUGUGUAGUGGAGUAAAAUCAUGAUCGAAAGAUGCUUAUUUCUACAAGUUUUUUUUGGAUUUGUAACUAGAUAAAAUCACACACCGACAGUUGUAUUUAAUUUUGUUGUAUUUGCAUAUCCCCGACUAUUUUACCGAAUCGGAGUAUAUGUGCUGGAGCUCAUUUAUUUAUAUUGCAAUCGAUUUCAGAACCGGCUCCGGCAGCGAUUUUGCCGGUGUGUGUGAAAGCGCUCUUAGGUGGUCCAUUUUUUAUAAUGAAAACCUUCAAUAAUCGCGGUAAUUUGAAAAAAAAACAACUUUUUAACAUGUGUCUCGCGAUAACUAGAGAACAACUUUAGUUAUUGAAACUUAUUAUUUCGAAGUUCGGAUCUUUGCUAAGAUGUUUAAAUGAGAGACAUUUGAUAGGUUUAUUUUUUCCAUUGCAAAAUUGCAAAGAUCUACAUAAUAUAUUGUCUGCGAAGAAAAUAUAGCAGAAACAAUAUGAUAUUUAAAAAAAACACAAUUAGUUAUUUCUAAUAGAUUUCGAGAUAUCGCUGGGCUUUUUCGAGUAAUUUAAUAAUUUACAAGCUAUAAGGAAAAUUACAACGAUUCGUAUAAAUAAAGAAAUAAAGUAUAAUUAUUUAUUGUGAAGCUGAACGCAUAAUGUACACACUUUCCUUGAAUUCUAAGUACUGAAUUUCAGUUUUAUGAUUUUUAUGCGGCGCUACCGUGUCGACCGCGACGAAGCGGUCAUAUGUCCCCUUCUACGUCUUAACAAUGUACACAGUUUCUCGGUUUAUUUCGUACGUUUGGCAACGUUUUUACUCUUCUCUCCUUGUUCAAAUGCAUUGUACUCUUCGUACAUACUGACAUCGGAACCCAAAGCCGAGCGUUGCCAUUAGGGUAUAGACAAUGUUGUGAUACCAAUUAAAAAUGAAUAAAAUAUUCUCAGAUUAACUUUUUAGGAACUAUAUAUUGUCAUAUUAUUCUUUAAAUUUGUGAUUAUAUCUUCGAUCGAUAAACAUAAAACAAAUAUACUGUAAAAUAUCGAAAUAGUUUAAGCUUAUAGUAUUUAGGAAGGAAUACUUUUUGCCUAAUAACUUAUCUGUUGUUUUUCUUUUGGUAAAUGAAUUAUUUUUUGUUUUAAUUAUUAAAUGUUAAUUUUUGUGAUUGUUUCUCAACGAAUCUAGUUAGUUAUUGAAUUUGAUUAAAUACGUUUUAAAUUGUAUUAACGCAGCACAGUUAUUUAGGUCGCGUGAUUAUUCUUAAAUAAUUAUUGUUGUAAGGUAAACAGAAGUCAAUAUUCAUAUCACCUACUAUUUUACAUGGCGAAAAAUUUAAGCAAAUAAUAACACUUACAUAUUUUAGGAACAUAUCAAUCACCUAUUUUUUAUGCGAUUUUGAAACGCGGGGCUUUGUAUUUUCCAAAUAAGAAAAAUUGUUUUAACUGUGAAUAAAAAACUUACUUUAACGCUUAAAAUAAGUAACCAAACGUUACGUCCUUUAGAAUAUAAACUUCUGCUACUUUAGUUGCAUGUCUUCCUAUGUCAGACCUGGCAAGAAAAUUUAACAAUAUAUUGCAUUGUUUUAUAAAAAGUUUUAAGGUUUUAAAUUUAUUUUAUAUUAUAUUUUCAUUGUUCACACAUUCUUUUGAAUUUUCUCUAUACAGCCAUUAAACGGAAAUAAAAUUGACUUCAUAUUUUAGUACAAAUAUUAGUUAUGUAUUAUACUCCGUUGAUCUUGUUAUAGACAUUUUCAACAGAGAAAAAAACUAUUGUUAUAUAAUCGGGAAACAUUUGAAGUGAUAUACAGGGUGCUACAAAUUCGAGGUACGAGCAUUGCUAUCUCAGAAUUCGUAAGAGAUACGAAGAUGGUUAA